GAUACCAAGAUGCAGCCGUUCCAGUCUACAGCCCGGCCCGAGGGACCCCGGGAGUCCUCCCCCGAGCGCGCCAAGUCCCCCGACACUCCCGCGGCUCCCGUGCUCAACUUCUCCAUCGCUCGGCUCAUGGAACCUGACAGGAAGAAGUCAGUGUCUCCCGAACCACCGCCGCCGCCUGGCUUCUUAUCGUACGGGGCUCAGCUAUUAGACUCGGCAUUCAAGCAAUACAUACCAGCGGCGAGGAGACAGCUGGUAUCGCACUAUCCUCUCUUAUACUACGGUCCUGACCUCGUGUCGUUAACAUACGCACAUCAGCUUCACCUACCUCGCCCCCCACCACCGACGUCUCCCGUCCAGCGCCCACCGAGCCCCCGUCCCCCGGCUGCAGACCACGCCGUGUCAUCCACCACUGGUCCCACACCUUCCCCAGCGAAGAACAAGAGCUUCGCGUGCGGAGACUGCGGGAAGGUGUUCAACGCGCACUACAACCUGACGAGGCACAUGCCGGUGCACACGGGCGCCAGGCCCUUCGUCUGCAAGAUCUGCGGCAAGGGCUUCCGACAGGCGUCCACGCUGUGCCGGCACAAGAUCAUACACACGUCCGAGAAGCCACAUAAAUGCCUCACGUGUGGUAAAGCCUUCAACCGGUCCUCAACUCUCAACACGCACGCUAGGAUCCACGCGGGGUACAAGCCGUUUGUCUGCGAGUUCUGCGGCAAGGGAUUCCAUCAAAAGGGCAACUACAAGAACCACCGACUGACGCACAGCGGAGAGAAGGCGUACAAGUGCAGCAUUUGCAACAAAGCCUUCCACCAGAUAUACAACCUGACGUUCCACAUGCACACGCACAACGAGAGGAAGCCCUUCACCUGCAGCAUAUGCGCUAAAGGCUUCUGCAGAAACUUUGACUUGAAGAAGCAUACGAGGAAGCUGCACCUCGGAGCUGGCAGCUCCAACAACGGUGACUCUUCACUGGACACGCAGGAUGAGUCCACUCAAGAGGCCUCCACCAGUCCCGUGGAGGACGCCAGCAGGGUUGCCUUCAGGCCGUUCCUCGGCUCAUCCUAUCCUCGUAUCCUGGACCCCUCGCGGAUGACCGCCCCCAACACGUUCUUCUCGAAGCUGUUGUGACCCGGGGCUGGGUACUUCAAUGGCUACGGAGAUAAUAAAGAGUGAAUUGAAGAAGGAUUUGAUGGAACACAGGAACUCUUGUUGUGAUGAUAUUAUUUUUAAAACAUGCAGUUAGUCCAGAGUAUUUCUCAGAAAAGUUUUCUGGCAAUUGUGGUGGUCAAACGUAACGGUUAGUUAACAAGAAACUAUUUAAGGGAAACUUGUGUUUCUUAUUUAUAAACCGCCAUGAUUGAAUUUACUUUUGAAGUUUAGUGAAAAUUGCGAUCAUAUUUAGGUAAGUUUAAGAAAUACGGAAUUUAUGUGAGAUAAUAUCAGAGAAUUGAGAUUAUGAAAAUGUGAGAUAAUUCGUUGUAAAUAAUCAACAGUAUUAAAUAUUGUAAAUAGUUAAGAUAAGGUGCAUUUUUAGUCGGUUGUCGUGUCGUUCAUGUAGGACAAUAUUUAAAUGAAUUCAUUAAUGUUUAAUGUAUGGAAAAUCUAAGCAUUGUACAGAUCUUGAAGUAUAGAGGUAAUAUAGUGUAAAAAUUAUAUAAAAUUACUAUGUACUUACGUAACUAUAUCUGAGUCUAAAAUCUUCGGUUAGUCAUUGAAUCGGUACCACUCCAUAGGAAAUGAAUAAAACCAUCUACAUAUAUGUAUGUAUAAAUGGAGUGACCACUAGCCUGUACAUACUUAGGUAUAUCAUAUAAUUAGC